AUGACAUCGCAAGACUCGCCUGCUAGUUUCGGAGUCAUCGGCGCCAAGCCGCCAGUACUCUCGACUUCAUCAUCACCAUAUUCCAUCAUCUUUGAAUGGACAGCACUACUCCCAUUAGUCAUUUAUCUAUCCACCAGUCGACUACCGCAUCGAUUAGUCGGCCAGACCGCAUUGUCUGGCUAUGUCCCCGUCGCACUAUUCCCUCGCUUGGGAGUCAUAGCAACUAUAGCCGAUUUCCUUCAACAAGGCCAAGAGUUCUUGGAUCGUGCAUCUUCUGGUAAUGACCUUCGUAGGAAGGUCUGGGACGUCAACUGGGGAAGCAUAUUCCCCUGCGCCAACGGAGCGGUAGCCGCUAUGCUCAGCGCUUACGCGCUUCGCAAAGUCAAUGUUCAAAGGGUACCGGAAGAAGUGGAACAGAUCCCUGGGUCAAAAGAAGGCUUCAAGCCUCUCAAACCCAGUAGCCCGUUUCGUCGCUAUCAAAAGCUCCACAUACUGCGCUUUACCGAGACAACGAAAGAGAUAAGCCGUGCCCGAUGUCUUUGGUCCGGUCUCCCUACCAUCUUCGAGUUUCUUCUUCCCUUGGGGCUUCUCGGGGUCAGCAUUGUCUGCUUUCUUUGCGGGCUCUACGGAACGGGUGUCGCAAUGGUACUCGCCGUUCUCCUACGCAUAAGUAGACACCUUAUGGUUAUCGAGCGACCAGAUGGCUACCUCAAAAACAAUGAGGCUGGUCUCCCAGGCUGUAUGUUGGUGGCUCUGAAUGAGAAUGCUUCGACAUGGUAUCUAUACAUCGGUUCGCGUGGAAUCAUCGAUACCAUGCUUAACAAGACCAUGGUACAAUCGGUGCACUCCCCGCUGGGAAUAUGGCAUGCUUACGCCCUACGAGCUUUGGAGGCGUUACAAAUCCUCGUCAUGACCUAUGUCGCCGCUCAAAAAGGCUGGGAUGGAGUUGCACUUCUAUCGCUUGUUGUUGUUUCGUCUAUGCUUGACUCUAUAGCCUAUAGUGAUGAUCGUUUAGCGUCACAAUGGCUCGAGCGAGAAGGCGUAAAUGUCGACGCGACUACUCUCCAGUUUAGUGGUCGAACACCGAUGAUUGGAACGAUCCAGACUUUGGGUAACCAAAGAUCGACUUCGUGGAUGGACGGAAUCAUUGCUCCCUCAACUCGCCGUGAUGCAUGGCUUCGGAGGCUUUCAUCUGAUGGGAAAGAAGACGCUUUUGAGAAGGAAGUUAGUCUUGCUGACGAGGAUUGGAUCUAUCUGAACGAGAGACUGACUCUUGCGGCUCGAGAUAUGAUUCCACCCGAUAUCAGAGCUGAGUCGAGCCCAUAA